AUGCCCGAGGUGCUCAUCGCAAUAGAACUCGAUGAGACUGACGGCCGCCCGUUUUGCUUGCUUUUAGAGCAUGACGAAUGUCUCAGCGGACUCCACAACUGCGACGAGAACGCCCUGUGCUUCAACAUGGUGGGAGGCCACAGCUGCUCCUGCAAGCCGGGAUACACGGGGAACGGCACCGUCUGCAAAGCAAUGUGUGACGGACUGUGCCAGAACGGAGGAUCCUGCAUUUCGCCUAACAACUGCGUUUGCCAGCAAGGAUUUACGGGGGAGAGGUGUGAAACAGACAUUGACGAGUGUGCGGACGGCUUUGUUGAGUGCGAUAGUAAAUCCACUUGUGUCAACUUGCCCGGCUGGUACCACUGCGAGUGCCGCGACGGCUACCAUGACAACGGCUUGUUUUCCGCCAACGGGGAAUCGUGCGUAGAUAUUAACGAAUGCAAGACGGGGAGGAACACCUGCGCCAACGACACAGUGUGCUUCAACCUGGAGGGAGGCUACGACUGCCGGUGCCCCCACGGGCAUAACUGCACCGGCGACUGUAUCCAUGACAACAAGGUCAAGCACAGCGGGCAGAUAUGGGUGCUGGACAGCGACAGGUGCUCGGUGUGCUCCUGCCAGGCCGGCCAAGUGAUGUGCCGGCGGAUGGUGUGCGACUGCGACAACCCCAACGCCGACCUGUUCUGCUGCCCCGAGUGCGACCCCCGCCUGAGCAGCCAGUGCCUGCACCAGAACGGCCUGCUCACCUACGGCAGCGGCGACACCUGGGUGGAGAACUGCCAGCAGUGCCAGUGCCUGCCGGGGCAGGUGGACUGCUGGCCUCUGCCGUGCCCGCCCGUGGACUGCGAGUUCACCAUGGUGCCGGAGGGCGAGUGCUGCCCCCGCUGUGUCACUGACCCCUGCCAGGCCGACACCAUCCGCAACGACAUCACCAAGACGUGCACGGACGAGCACAACAUCUCACGCUUCAGCGGCUCCUCCUGGAUCAAACACGGCACGGAGUGCACCCUGUGCCAGUGCAAGAACGGACACAUCUGUUGCUCAGUGGACCCGAUGUGCCUUUAGUCCUUGGCAGAUCUGAAGGCACCUGUACAGAGUUCUCCGUGUACAAAGAGAAAAAAAAAAAAGAAAAAAAAAAGUAACACGGCCCCCUGUGUCUCCUCACCGUCCUCUUCACGGGGCCUGGGUCAAAUAGUGUUUGCACUGUUCGGCUUGGUUUUGACCUGCUGAGCCAGAUGAUUGGAGGUUACAAUUCAGGUCACAGAUAAUUGUACAUCUUUGACAUUCAGGUUUUGUCUCCUCUGGUUUUUCCCUUUUUUUUUUUUUUUUUUUUUUUCCUUUUUCCCCAGUUUAAAGCUUUUAUUGUACAUUGCAUACAUCACCUCCACCCAUCUGGUACUUUGUGCACGUUAGGUGUUUAAAAGCAACCUGCGAACAGUCUGUGACCCACACCUGUAUCCUCAGAUCCUUUAUACCAAAUGCCAAACGGACGAUGGACUAUAAGUUCCCUCUGACCCGCGUCGCGCCUGCCCAAAGCGAAGCCUUUGAGCGUCGCCGAUUACCCACUCCAAAGCAUUGCUACAUGAAUCUGUAAGAUAUUACUAUUACUGGCAUGACUGUGCUUGAUGUCCAGACAUUUUUGCUGAUUUCUAUAAUAACAAUGAUUAUGAAAAAUGAUACCUUAGAUAGUGAAAACCAUUAGCAUAAGGUUCUGUUGCCACUUUUAACAGUUGUCUGUAUGAUGUGGUGCUCUGUAGCAUUUGUUUUGAUUUGAUCUUUUUUUUUUUUUUUUGGUAUUUUUUCUUUUUUCCCAAGCUUGUUACAGUGUUAUGGUGAAAUAAAGUAUUUCCAUUUCCAUUUAA